GCCGGCUCUCGACGUUGUCAAGUGUUGGUUCGAAGAUAGGUGUGCGUUGUGCGUGUGGUCUUGGGGGUGCAUCGCCACGCAGGGCGAUAUGGGUCCAUUACUACUGCAUAUCCUAGCUUGGGUCGUUUUUGCGUGCUGCACGUAUUAUGACAUGCACAUGCUUUUCAUUCCUGAUGCUAAGCAGCCCAGCUUCGAGGUCGUAAAGGAGCUAGCAUUUCAGAGAAACCGCUUGGGUGGGCGGUGGAAGUACCUGACUAUUUGGGGCCUGACUGCUCAACUGAUCUAUUACUUCAUCGCACUGUUGAAUGACGUACUCGGAACGAACACCUUCGUGGAACGUGACGUGUCAAAACUGCAACGAGUGCGGGAUGUGUUCUUCACAUCGAUCGCCUUUCCCAUCGGACUGCUGGUGAGCGUCAUGUUCUGGGGCCUGUUCGUGGUGGACCGUGAGCUGGUCUUCCCGGCCAUCCUGGACCCGCACUACCCGUGGCUCCUGAACCACGGCGUCCACACUAUGCCGCUGGUGCUCGGCGUCCUGGAGUUGAUGACAGAGCGACACAACUACGCCGCCAACCGGCUGUCGAUCAGCCUGCUCUGCACCUUCCUCGCCUCCUACCUCGGCUGGACGCUGUACCUGGCGCUGGCGGAGAACCUCUGGGUGUACGGCAUCAUGCGCGUGCUGGGCUGGCCGCUGCGGAUCGCGUUCAUCGCGGCCAACCUGACCGUGACCGUGCUGCUCUUCUUCCUGGGGAAACGGCUGGACGCCCUGGUGUGGGGCUCACAGAAGGCGGCCGCAGCGAAAGCGAAGGCCAAGAAGAGCCACUGACGACUGUCUGGAGAGGCCCGCACGCCGCCGCCGGUGGUAGCGCUGUCCGGUCCUCGGGUCGGCUCGUCGGGACCGCGUGGUGUGCGCAGCCACGUAUCAGUCGUCUGGCCUUUGGUAGUCGUUGAGAUGUAGCUGAAAGCGGAAACGUUAAUUUGCGGUGAUUUUGCUCAUUGUUCCCCGAGUGGUGAUUCACGUUGUUAUGUGUAAUAUGGCGCGUCUACACCUUUCGACUGCUGAACAGUAUUGUGCCCAUCGCCAGCGUCUGUUGAGCCCCAUGCGUCAUAAUUAGUGCGUAUACCGGGCUUUGCAAUCCACGUCAUUGAGGUCCAUGCGACCUUUGUUAUUGUUCGUGAUUUGGUGUCCAGUGUUUUGUUUUUUUGUCAUCCAGGAUGGCAUUGAAGAAUGCCAAACCUGUCGUUCACCACCACCUAAUCUGCAUUACGUCAUUCGCUCUUAGCGGUUUCAUUCCCCAAUGAAAUACUUGUGCCGUCGGGUAUCACGUGAAAUGCGUGUGCUAUUUUGGAAUGCUCAGGCAUCUGGUCCGUUGCAGAAUGUUUGUUAAAUACUCCUUUUUAAUUAUUUCGCGAUCGUUGGCCCAUAUUUUGCGCGUGAUUGUUAUUAGAUGAUAACCCCUGAUCGAGCUGUAGCGACCAAUGUCGAUAUUUGAUCUAACGCCCGAUGCAUCUCCUCAGUGGGAAGGCUGUGUACAAGACUAAACCAGGCUGGUGUCAGCGUCAUGCUUUCGCUGGAAUCACGUCAGGACAUGACAUAUGUGGAUCUGUCGUGGACUCGUUGCGAGCUCCGUACAAUGGCAUAAUGAAUGCUGAUUGCCACAGCGUUUUCUUAGUGGGCUUAUUGGAAUAACAUGCUGUAUUAGUGGACUUAGCACGGUACAGCCUGAUGCACCUGGCGAUGUUUACCAAAUACAGAUAGACGACGAUG